CUGGCCCAGAUCAAUAGAUGAGUCAGGGCUCAGAGUAUAAAACCUUGGGAGCUCCAGUGCUCCCAACAUAAGCCAGCAUCUCCUCUCCUUACUCAGCUCCUGGUGCUUCAAGCUUCUCUCUCUCCUUAAACAAGAUGUCUCACCAGAAAAAGCAGCCCACCCCCAUGCCCCCAGUGGGCUGCGGGAAGACCUCCGGCGGGGGCGGCGGGGGCGGCGGAGGCGGCGGAGGCUCCGGUUGCGGAGGCUACUCUGGAGGCGGCGGAGGCUCCAGCUGCGGAGGCUACUCAGGAGGCGGCGGAGGCUCCAGCUGCGGGGGCUACUCAGGCGGCGGCGGCGGCGGCGGCGGUUCCAGCGGGAGUGUGAAGUACUCCGGGGGUGGUGGCAGCUGUGGGGGCGGCGGAGGCUCCAGCUGCGGAGGCGGCGGAGGCUCCAGCUGCGGAGGCUACUCCGGGGGCGGCGGAGGCUCCAGCUGCGGAGGCUCCAGCAGCGGAGGCGGCGGAGGCUCCAGCUGCGGAGGCUACUCCGGGGGCGGUGGAGGCUCCAGCUGCGGAGGUGGAGGCUCCAGCUGCGGGGGUUACUCCGGGGGCGGGGGAGGCUCCAGCUGCGGGGGCUACUCCGGGGGCGGCGGAGGCUCCGGGCAGCAGGUUCAGUGCCAGAGUUAUGGAAGCAUCUCUAGCGGCGGCUGCGGCGGGGGCUCCUCCGGCUGCGGGAGCGGCGGGGGCUCCUCCGGCUGCGGGGGCGGCGGGGGCUCCUCCGGCUGCGGGGGCGGCGGGGGCUCCUCCGGCUGCGGGGGAGCUGGCUACUUCUCCUCGCAGCAGACCACCCAGACCUCCUGCAUGCCGCAGCAGAGCUACGGAGGGGGGUCUUCCUGCGCUGGGGGCGGCGGCUCCUCUGGAGGCGGCGGCAGCUGCUUCUCCAGUGGUGGGGGGUCGUCCUGCGGUGGGGGCAGCGGCUCCUCCGGGGGCGGCGGCGGCUGCUUCUCCAGUGGUGGGGGGUCGUCCUGCGGUGGAGGCGGCAGCUCCGGUGGGGGCUCCGGAGGUGGCAAGGGCGUCCCGAUCUGCCACCAGACCCAGCAGAAGCAGGCGCCUACUUGGCCAAGCAAAUAAGGCCAGUUGGACGCCGCGGAGACUGAGGAGCUGGAGCCGUUUUCCGUGGGCGCCUAUGGGCUCAGCGCUCUCUUGAUAUUGCCGAGGUUCCCAAAUGCUUCGUGUGUUACACCCAGGCGAAGCCUUAGAGUUCUGGGGCUGCUUCUUGUUCUACAGGUUUUCCUCUUUGGUUUCUGUACAACUACCUCCCAACCCCAGUGCCUCCUCAGUCAAUAAAUUUGCAAUUCAUGAGAA